AUUUAGUUGGUCUUGGUUGAGUUGGUCUAGUUUUUGUUAUUGUCCAAGAUAACCUAAAAGCAAAAAUCAAUGCGUUUUACAUUCACGUGCUCCAAUAUUUUUAAAUCAACUUUUCAAAUUAUUCUUGAUUGUGUGCAGUUCGGAAGAAAUAUCAUAACAAAUUGCACCUCUUUCAAAUCUGUUUAUAUAAAUUGUGAUCUUCUGAGGUAAAUGAAGAAGACGGGCAAAACAAAAAUGGUUCAAAAGCCAAGUGAGACAGAAGAAAGCUUUGAAAGUGCUGAGAGUGACAACAACAUUGAGAGUGAAAGAGAAGAUGACAACGAUGCAGAAAAUAAUGAAAGUAAGAUUAAAUAUAAUCCUGGAUGGGCUGAUGCGAUGGCCAAGAUUUUAAGGACAAAUAAGCCGAAAAGGAAGAAAACAAUUGUACUAUCAAAAGCGAAAAAGUUGAAAGCGUCAGUUGAUGAGGAGGAAAUCGAGGAUAAGAAAGAAUCUUUUGUGAUAGAAGCCAAACCGGAUUCAAACGCCUUGAGAACUGAAGAGGAACCAGUUUCGACUAAAUCUAUAAAACUGGAACAAACACGUAAACAUGUUGAUAGGAUAAGGAAAAAAGACAGAGAUUCCAAAGGUAGAUUUAAACCAUCAAUUCUCGAGAAGGAUAGAGAGAAAAUUUUAUGCAGAAUAGCGACUAAAGGAGUGGUUCAACUAUUCAACGCCGUGAGAGAUCAACAGAAAACAAUAGAAAAGAAAAUAAAAACAGCAGGGUCAUCAGAUUCCAAGCAAGAAAAGGUUCUGAAGUCUGUGAAUAAAACUGAAUUUUUGAACACCUUGAUGAAACCUACAAAAUCUCAGUUGGUGCCACCCAAAGUUGAAGAACCAGCAAUAGACGAGAGUCAAUGGAGUGUAUUACGAGAUGAUUUCAUGAUGAGCACAAAGCUAAAGGACUGGGAUAAGGGAGAGACAACGUAACAAAAAGCAACUUGAGCGAUUUCUAAGAGCUGGGAGAAGCCAUUCAUUCAAUGUUUCAGACUUCAUUUUUAUUACAUUAUUCAACUGUUUAA